UACCGAGUGACGUAGGCUCCGUGUGUUGCCGCCUUCAAAACAGCUCGGAGGUUCGGAAGCUCUUACUUGUCUUUACGUAAACCUUCCCUUCUCGAAUAAGAGUGUUUAGGAAACGCUCCUCAGAAGUUCGUAUGCUAUGAUAUAAAACCGGAAAAACAGAUCGUUCGUGAGACUGGACUUCUUAAUAACAAGUAUGGAUGCCCGCAGGGACCUCUUUGCAUCUCUUUGCUUCAUCAGAUGAAUCAGUAAUUAGAACUGCUUGCGAUUGUUGAACAUGAGCGAGAAUUUAGCAGGUGAUGUUUAUAAUUGUAGGCUAUAAUUGAUCGCAAUGCAAAUGUUAGAAUGGGUGUUAAGUUCGCCUCUUAGUGCUUGCUGCAAAUUCACUUCAGUCUUUCAAUGAAAUGGGCAGCCAUUGUUGUGAGGUGAAAACUCCGACCCAACAGAGUGUUCAGAGCACUUUCCUCCGAGCUUAGGGUCCAGACCUCCGAACUUCCCGGAAACUCCGAGCGUUUUGAAGGCGGCAUGUGACCCAUGGACCGGACCGCGGAAUGUCCAACAGCGCUACCCCACAAGGAGCGGUGUCUGCCUGCAGCCAGUAUUGCCCGAUUUGGCGGGAAAUAUGCCCCAAUCUGGCAACACUGCUCCCUGGUGGCUGCCUGCGAGAGUUCACCGCGGACACUUCUGAUAAUGCGCUAUGGGAGAUUCUGAAUAUCCACGUUCGCGCUGGUAAUUAGCUAAUUACAGCCAUGCAUUUGGUAUCUUUCUGUAAGAUGUCAUAUUCAGAACUGUCUACACACCACAAGAAGGCCCACAAACAUUGGACACUUAAUGUAAUGCACCUAAAUCAUAGUUCCAUGCAAUCUUGGACCAAUCACAUCGUUUUCUCUAAAUUGUAAAUACGGAAGUAUUAAAUCUCUCCCGACGUAAGUCCCGUAUCCCACAGGAUUCGAACGCGUCGUCCAAGCAACACCAAUCGGGGAGAGGAAAACGGACGUGACGUAUUAGGAACCAAAGCAUCUGCCACGGCAGAUGAGGCAUGGAAGUGGUUUGUAAACACUUUUAAAACCACCCGUCGGACGUUACUUGUUCCCCAGACACCAAGAGACCCUGGCCCGCUGAGCCGUCCUCAGCGGACGGAGGAGGGACGUUUGAUUGACGUCCAGGAGAGAAACGUGCCUGAGUUGAGCCGGCGGGAUGGAAGGUAGCGUGGGACUCACUGUGCAGGACCAAUCACCAUCAUCGGAGAGCAGGAAGUGCAGUGCGGUCACAGGAAGUGGGCGGAAGCUGAAGGACAACGCCGCCGACUGGCACAACCUGAUCCUCCGCUGGGAGAAGCUCAACAACGAGGGCUCGGGCGUGGCCGAGAAGAUCGUCGACCAGCGGCUCAAACGGUCUCCCGGUGAGGCCGCGGCCCCCCCGCCAGGCUCAGCACCCCCCGCCCGCGGCCGACCCCUGGAGCAGGCGUGCUCCGAGCUUGUGGGUGUGGUCAGCAAGAUGGCGUCCAUCGUCGCCAAGAUGGAGCGCCUGGCCUCGUCUGAGCGGGGGGUCCUGGAGCUGGAGACCUUCCAGAGGGGCGCGGCCGGCCGGGGGGGCCCACUGUUCCACGGCUGGCCCACGCAGCUGUUCGUGGAGCAGUCGGCAGGCCUGCUGCAGUGCUACCAGAAGGAGCUGGCUCUGAAGCAGAGGGUGCUGCAGGAGCUGGCCCACACCGGGCCCCAGGACCUGUGCAUGGUGUACCUCUCCUGCUGGCUGCACCAACCCUACGUCCCCGCAGACAGCCGGCUGGCCCUGGAGGCCCUGCUGCUGGAGACCGGCCACAGAGCGCUGUAGAUAUAGGUCGGUGUACGACAGACUCCAGUGCUGUAGAUAUAGGUCGGUGUACUAGAGACUACAGAGUGCUGUAGAUAUAGGUCGGUGUACUAGAGACUACAGAGUGCUGUAGAUAUAGGUCGGUGUACUAGAGUGCUGUAGAUAUAGGUUGGUGUACGACAGAGGGCUGUAGAUAUAGGUCGGUGUAUGACAGAGGGCUGUAGAUAUAGGUCGUGUACUAGAGCGCUGUAGAUAUAGGUCGGUGUACUAGACUACAGAGUGCUGUAGAUAUAGGUCAGUGUACUAGAGUGCUGUAGAUAUAGGUCGGUGUAUGACAGAGGGCUGUAGAUAUAGGUCGGUGUAUGACAGAGGGCUGUAGAUAUAGGUCGGUGUACUACAGACUCCAGAGGCCUGUGGAUAUAGAUGGGUGUACUCCAGAGGCCUGUGGAUAUAGGUGGGUGUACCUGACUCCAGAGCCCUGUGGAUAUAGAUGGGUGUACUCCAGACCUCACCCCAGAAAGCUUUUAGUAGCACUCUGUAGUGACGACAACUCUUUAUGAUCACACACGUUUAUUAGAGGGACAGAACCCCUCAACAGAUUAUAAAACGGUUGUACAGCAUCACAAUGAAUAAAAUAACACCAUCUGCCUCUUUUCUUGUCCAAUGUUGCAUCCUUUCCCAUGUGUAGUACAAACCCCGGUUACAUGUGGACACUUACAGGGUCUUUUAUUAUAAAAAAGUAAUAAAAUAGUGCAGCUUUUUUUAAAGAUCCUUUUCAUAUGUAUCUACAUAUAAACAUCACAACCAACUAAACACUUCAUAUUGGAAAGGAAAGACUACUUCUCUAUAUAUAGAUAGGAAAACAUUGAAAAAUGUUUACAAAUUUACAAAGCAUACUGGGCGCACCGAAACACCUGAAACACAAGUAUUGGCACCGUUGGCCGGUUGCCUGGUAACCUGAUCACCACGGUACGCUGGUUGCCCGGUAACCAGAUUACCACGGUAUACAAGCAAGCUUGCAACCUGGUCACUGUCAUACGGUAGCUAUCUGGCAACCAGGUAACCGCCGUACAACAGUUACCUAGCAACGGCCAUAAACCAGUUUCCUAGCAACCAGGUAACCACCAUACACUAAUUACCUAGCAACCGUGUAGCCGCCGCACACUGUUUAGCUGUCAACCGCCGUGCGCUAGUUGGCUAACCUGCUACCGGUGUUCUGAGUGAACUACUGUACAAGAAGGCUGGAUGGAGCGCGGGGAACAAGAGACCAGGGGAGAACCAACACACGCCCAGGAAGUCUGGUUCUCAAGAACUUGAGAGAAGGGAAUUUAACUGAUUGGGGAACUUAAUUGGUUUAACUUUCCCUGGAAGUGGAUCAUUUGCAUUUAUACACGUGGUAGGGGUGGAUCUCCAACCCCACCGGUCACCUCGUCCGACCCUCCAUCCA